CUCCCGCCCGGACCAGUGCCAGCGGCAGCCUCGCUUCGGCGCCCGGUGCCAGCUGGCUCAUUCGCCUGGGACGGAGGCGGAGGCCUGGGGCUCCUUGCCGCUGGGGGGGGGGGAACUCCCCCCCCACGCCCCCUACCCUCUACCCACCCAAAAGAAGCCUCUCCACCCAACGCUUAGCCCUGGCAGCGGGUCCAGCUAGGAAUUACCCUGGUCACUUCGCCUGGGGCUUCCAGCCCACACCCCUCUGGGAGCAGUCGGGGUCUCGCGGAGGGUCUCCCCCGCCCCAGCCUUUUGCUCGAGCCUGCAGGGCUGUGCACGUUUGCGAAGGAACAUGAAGGGUUGCAGCACCUCCGCCUGACCAGUCCAGAGGACUCAAAGGAAGUGGUUCUGCCUGGGGCGGUUGUGCCCUGGUCCAGCUGCCCCAGCCCCAGCCCCAGCCCCAUGGCUCUCUGCCUUCCUCCCUGCGUCACAGGUGGGCUGGCCAGGUGAGAGCCCCUGGCGGGUGGGCCUGGCCGUGGAUGGCAGCCCAGCUCUAGGAGCGGCACAGGUGGGAGGCCUCCCGGACGUGGUGCCGGAGGGGACCCUGCUCAACAUGGUGCUGAAGAGGAUGCACCGGCCCCGAAGCUGCUCUUACCAGCUGCUGCUUGAGCACCAGCGCCCCGGCCGCAUCCAGGGGCUCCGCUGGAUGAGGAAACUGAAGCACAUGGAGGUUAAUAAGCAGCCAAGGUCACCCAACUGCCUGGUAAUGGGGAGCUGAGAUUUGACCUGCGCAUCUGGAUCGGGAGCCCCCAACCUUGACCAGAUCUCCUGACUAGCACCCUCGCCCCCAUCCUAGGACAUUCCCAGUGCACAUGCGCAUGACGCCACUCACUGACAGUGAGGAGUCCCUGGAUUUCAGCGUGAGCCUGGAGCAGGCCUCCACGGAGCGGGUGCUCAGGGCUGGGAAGCAGCUGCAUCGGCAACUCCUGGCCACCUGCCCGACCCUUAUCCGAGACCGGAAGUACCACCUUCGGCUCUAUCGGCAAUGCUGCUCUGGCCGGGAGCUGGUGGAUGGCAUCUUGGCCCUGGGCCUUGGGGUCCAUUCCCGGAGCCAAGCCGUGGGAAUCUGCCAGGUGCUGCUGGAUGAAGGUGCCCUUUGCCAUGUGAAACACGACUGGACCUUCCAGGACCGAGACACCCAAUUCUACCGUUUCCCUGGGCCGGAGCCAGAGACCGUGGGCAUCCACGAGCUGGAGGAGGAGCUGGUCGAGGCUGUGGCCCUGCUCUCCCAGCGGGGGCCUGAUGCCCUGCUCACCGUGGCACUCCGAAAGCCCCCGGGUCAGCGCACAGAUGAGGAGCUGGACCUCAUCUUUGAGGAGUUGCUACACAUCAAGGCUGUGGCCCACCUCUCCAACUCGGUGAAGCGGGAAUUAGCGGCUGUUCUGCUCUUUGAACCACACAGCAAAGCAGGGACCGUGUUGUUCAGCCAGGGAGACAAGGGCACCUCAUGGUACAUCAUCUGGAAGGGGUCUGUCAAUGUGGUGACCCAUGGCAAGGGGCUGGUGACCACACUGCACGAGGGAGAUGACUUUGGACAGUUGGCGCUGGUGAAUGACGCACCCCGGGCAGCCACCAUCAUCCUACGAGAAGACAACUGUCAUUUCCUCCGCGUGGACAAGCAGGACUUCAACCGUAUCAUCAAGGAUGUGGAAGCAAAGACCAUGAGGCUAGAAGAACAUGGCAAAGUGGUGUUGGUGCUGGAGAGAGCCUCUCAGGGCGCUGGCCCUUCUCGCCCCCCAACCCCAGGCAGGAACCGGUAUACAGUGAUGUCUGGCACCCCAGAGAAGAUUCUAGAACUGCUGUUGGAGGCCAUGCGACCUGACUCCAGUGCUCACGACCCAACAGAGACCUUCCUCAGUGACUUCCUCCUGACCUACAGUGUCUUCAUGCCCAGUGCCCAGCUCUGUGCUGCCCUCCUGCACCACUUCCAUGCGGAGCCUUCAGGGGGCAGUGAGCAGGAACACAGCACCUACAUUUGCAACAAGAGGCAGCAGAUCCUGCGGCUGGUCAGCCAGUGGGUGGCCCUCUAUGGCCCCAUGCUCCACCUGGACCCUGUGGCCACCAGCUUUCUCCAGAAACUCUCAGACCUGGUGAGCAGAGACGCCCGGCUUUGCCUCCUGCUGCGGGAGCAGUGGCCGGAGAGGCGGCGGCACCACAGGUUGGAAAAUGGCUGUGGGAAUGCAUCUCCUCAGAUGAAGGCCAGGAACGUGCCUGUUUGGCUCCCAGGCCAGGACCAGCCCCUCCCCAGCAGCAACUGUGCCAUUCGAGUUGGGGACAAAGUCCCCUAUGACAUUUGCCGGCCUGACCACUCGGUGCUGACCCUGAAGCUGCCGGUGACGGCCUCCGUGAGAGAGGUGAUGGCAGCCUUGGCCCAGGAGGAUGGCUGGACCAAGGGGCAGGUGCUGGUGAAGGUCAACUCUACAGGCCGUAGUCUUCAUUCAUUUUGUCAGUUGGCAAACAUGUUUGAGAGUCAGCUAUGGGCCAGCAAUGUGUUAGGAGCUGGAGGCACCAUGGCAGAUGCCAUUGGCCUGCAGCCAGAGGCCCGCGGUGUGGCCACAUCCCUGGGGCUCAACGAGCGGCUCUUUGUUGUCAACCCACAGGAAGUGCAUGAACUGACCCCACACCCCGAGCAGCUGGGGCCCACUGUGGGCUCUGCUGAGGGGCUGGACCUGGUGAGUGCCAAGGACCUGGCGGGCCAGCUGACGGACCACGACUGGAGCCUCUUCAACAGUAUCCACCAGGUGGAGCUGAUCCACUAUGUGCUGGGGCCCCAGCAUCUGCGGGACGUCACCACUGCCAACCUGGAGCGUUUCAUGCGCCGCUUCAACGAGCUCCAGUACUGGGUGGCCACGGAGCUGUGUCUCUGCCCCGUGCCGAGCCUGCGGGCCCAGCUGCUCAGGAAGUUCAUCAAGCUGGCUGCCCACCUCAAGGAGCAAAAAAAUCUCAAUUCCUUCUUUGCCAUCAUGUUUGGCCUCAGCAACUCGGCCAUCAGCCGCCUGGCCCACACGUGGGAGCGGCUGCCCCACAAAGUCCGGAAGCUGUACUCGGCCCUCGAGAGGUUGCUGGACCCCUCAUGGAACCACCGAGUCUAUCGACUGCUCCUCACCAAGCUCUCCCCCCCCAUCAUCCCCUUCAUGCCUCUUCUUCUCAAAGACAUGACCUUCAUCCAUGAAGGAAACCACACACUGGUAGAGAAUCUCAUCAACUUUGAGAAGAUGAGAAUGCUGGCCAGAGCUGUCCGGAUGCUGCACCGCUGCCGAAGCCACAGCAACGUGCCGCUGUCGCCGCUCAGAAGCCGCGUAUCCCACCUCCACGAGGACAGCCAGGCCGCGAGGACAUCCACGUGCUCCGAGCAGUCCCUGGGCACCCGCAGUCCGGCCAGCACCUGGGCUUAUGUCCAGCAGCUGAAGGUCAUCAACAACCAGCGGGAGCUCUCCCGCCUCUCCCGGGAGCUGGAGCCAUGAGGCGGCUGGGGCUGGAGCAGGCACUUCCGGGCAGGAAAGCCAGGGCAGCCCGGGCCAAGAGGCCCCCAGGCCGGCCGCAGCUGGGCAGGGCUCUCCGCGGACUGGACUCGCGGCCCUGGAGCGGGCAGCGUGGCGGCGGCCGUCUCCCGUGAUGACGGGCGCCCGAGGAGGACCUCGAGUGGAAUGAGCCGGGGCCCAAGGCCAAGGAAUGGGGGACAGAGAGGCCCUGGAGCGGGCGGGAGAGCAGGGCAGGCGCUGGGACUCUGUGUUCAAUAGAGAGCUCUCCACACCA